UUAUUUGAACCCACCCUUUGAUUUUGAUUUUUGAGUCCAUCAGUUCAGCCCUAAUCCAAUCCUCUCUCUCUCCUCUUGCUGAAGUCUGUGACAGUCUCUCUCUCUCUCUCUCUCUCUCUCUCUCUCUCUCUCUCUCACUCCCAUUGCUGCUGCCGCCGCACCACCGGCCAUCCCUUCUUCCUCUUAAACCGCCGGUGCAGGGAGCACCACCGCCCACUCUCUCUCGCACGCGUUCCUCUCGCAGGUGUUGUUAUUUGAAAAGUUGGCUCCUGUUGUAGGGAACUUGAAUUGCAUUAUUUACUUAUUAUACCUUUGCAUUCAUAUUCAUAUUCUUAUAGUAGUAGAAUUAGAAUAUACAUUUUUGAAAUUAAUUACAUACCAAUGUAUCGAGCUGGUUUUAUUAUUAUAUAAGAUUAUUUACUUACAUUCUUGUUGGUACUGUACAUUGAAUUAUGUUUUUCAACCACGAAGCACGGACAGUCGGACACAGACAUGACAUUGACACGUCCACGCCGAUAAUAAUUUGAAAAAUUGAUAUAAUUCAAUGUAAUCAUAAGUGUUGGUGUCGGACAUAGACAUCUGUCCUACACAAUUAAUCCAAGGAGUGUCCAUCCUUGCUUCAUAGUUUUUCAACUAUGAGUUGUCUUGUCCAUUAAAAGUCAAUGUGAGUUUAAUCCAUCACUAAAGCCAAGGCCACACAGUGUCUCCAUUGUAGAGUUUGGUGCAGUUGCAGAUGGUAAAACAUUGAGGGGGCGGGGUUCAGGUUAAAGAGGUUGCCAUUGCAUGAGUUUGGCUUCUGUAAUUAGAUUUAUUAACUCUAUCGCUCUUGUCUGAAAUUUUACGAUGUCACUGCUAUGUGGAAGCUAGUGGUUCAACUAGAGGCUAAAGUUACUCAUCUGUGAAUUUAUGGUUGACAAAAACUUGUGACAUUUUUUAAAUAUUUUAACCAGAAGAUACGUUCGUGGAGAGAUUCUAUGACGAGAACAUCAUACAGCGACUAAUUUUCCUCUGCUUAGAAGUUGUGUAUGGAACUGUGGUGGAUUAAUUUCUUGAUAUCUUUAUAGCGGAAGGCAAAUAAGUUGCUUCUAAUUCCAGAGAUCUGAAUCCUUAUUUAGAUUCAGAAGUGAAAAACAGAUAGAAAUGAUUGUAGCUAGAAAUUUCUCCCCUUCAAAGCUUAAGCAGCUCGUUUAUUUAUCACUCCUUUCUGAGUGCAAAAACCAUGUGCAGUCAAAUCUUUUUUCAACCUUAAUACAAGACUCAAACCCACAUCACCAUUGCCUUACAAAAAAUUUACCACAUCCAUCAAGUAAUUUGUUUAGGUAUUUCUCUUCACAACCUGCGGAUUCAGCUUCAAAACAAAAGUUGCCUUUCUCUCGUGAGGGUAAUUAUGAUGAAGGAACUUCCCAAUCUCUUCAUGUCUGCCCUGGUUGUGGGGUUUGUAUGCAAGAUUUCAACCCAAAACACCCUGGUUAUUUCAUUAAACCAUCUGAGAAAGACAUAACUUAUAAAUUGUAUACCCAUCUUGAACCUGUUGCACAAGAGCCUGAGUUCUCUAAUACUGUUAAAAAGGGGUUUGUUAUUGAACCAGAGAAGCUUACUAGUGAUGACAACUUGACAACGAAACAAGAAAAGCCAGUGGUAUGUGCACGAUGUCAUUCGUUGAGGCACUAUGGGAAGGUGAAGGAUCCAACUGUGGAAAAUUUGCUACCAGAUUUCGACUUCUAUCAUACAGUGGGAAGGAAGUUGGCAUCAACAAGUGGGCCCCGUUCAGUGGUACUUAUGGUUGUGGAUGCAGUGGAUUUUGAUGGGUCAUUUCCAAGGAAGGUUGCAAAGUUGGUUUCUGAGACAAUUGAAGAUAACUCUUCUGCAUGGACGCAGGGUAAGUCAGGGAAUGUACCUAGAGUAGUACUUGUGGUUACAAAGAUUGACUUAUUGCCUAGCUCAUUGUCACCAACAAGAUUGGAGCAUUGGAUUAGGCAAAGAGCUAGAGAGGGUGGCAUUAUUAAGAUUACUAGUUUACACAUGGUGAGUGCACUUCGAGAUUGGGGACUUAAGAAUCUCGUGGAUGAUAUAGUAGGAUUGGCUGGAUCUAGAGGAAAUGUGUGGACCGUUGGGGCACAGAAUGCAGGAAAGAGUACAUUAAUAAAUUCUAUAGGAAAGCAUGUUGGAGGGAAGAUUACACAUCUGACUGAAGCACCUGUUCCAGGGACUACACUAGGCAUUGUUAGAGUGGAGGGUGCUCUUCCAAGUCAGGCAAAAUUAUUUGAUACACCCGGCCUUCUCCAUCCUUACCAGAUAACAACAAGGUUAACGAGGGAAGAGCAAAAGCUUGUUUACAUGACCAAAGAGUUGAAACCUAGGACAUAUAGAGUUAAGGCUGGUCAUUCGAUUCACAUAGCUGGUCUUAUGAGAUUGGAUGUAGAAGAAACGUCCCUGGAUACUAUCUAUGUCACGGUGUGGGCAUCGCCUUACCUUCCUCUGCAUAUGGGUAAAGCAGAAAAUGCAAGUAAAAUGUUCCAAGACCAUUUUGGACACCAGUUACAGCCACCAAUUGGAGAGAAAAGAGUCGAAGAAUUGGGGAAUUGGGCGAGAAGGGAAUUUCAUGUUGGUGGAAACAGUUGGGACUCAAGUUCUGUAGACAUUGCUGCUGCUGGCCUUGGUUGGUUUGCCAUUGGACUUAAAGGAGAAGCUGUGUUGGGCGUUUGGACUUAUGAAGGAGUUGAUGUUGUUCAUCGCAAUUCUUUGAUACCCUAUAGAUCGAAUACUUUUGAAGUUACAGGAUUUACUGUAUCGAAGAUUGUCUCACAGUCUGACCGAGCUUCAAAUAAGCCACGUCAACAAAGUGACAAAAAGACGAAGCGGAUUGAUUCAAAAAUGCCAUCCAGUUCGGUUGAAUCGCCACUAUUGACUUCUGUUGGAGACAUAUAAUAAUGAUGUCAGUUUGGAAGAAAGCAAAAGGAAUUGAAUUGUCAUUUAGUUUCUAUACAAUACAAGAGUUGAAUCAAAAUGAUAACUAAACCGAUGAUUUCCGACUUAUAAAUAUCUCAGGGUCAAACAAUGGGAGUGAUGUUGCAUAAGUCAAUCUAUAUCAUAUUCCUCGUUUGUUUCAAAGAGAUGUAAUAGAAAUCAUAAAUGUUUUGUACUGUAUUUUCUAGUCUAUUAAUGCGGACUAGGAUUGGCUCUCAAUGUUUGGAUUCUAUUCAGUUAGUUACUUGAAAUGCCUAGGUAAUCAAUUUUGCACCCAAAAUGAUUCUCGUUUAUGAAUUAAAAUUCAACUAUUUACUAUGA